UGAUUUUUAUAGGUUGAGGACUCACUGUGUUGUAGAACCAUUUGUGAUUGCAACAAAUAGGCAACUUAGCACCAUGCAUCCAAUCUACAAGUUACUGCAUCCACAUCUCAGAUAUACCUUGCAGAUAAACGCACUUGGACGCGAGAUUCUUAUUAGUUCAUAUGGAGUCAUUGAAAGCACAUUCUUUACUAAAAAGUAUUCAAUGGAAUUAAGUUCUGUGGCUUAUGAUAAGCUUUGGCAAUUUGAUUUGCAGGGACUACCAAAUGAUCUUCUCCAUAGAGGAAUGGCUGUGGAAGAUCCUAGUGCACAACAUGGACUAAAGCUAGCAAUUGAAGUAUAUCUUCCCAACAUAUUGUUAGUUUAGCUUGUUAAGUUCAUGUACAUUUAUACUUUUUUGCUUUCUUUUUAAUGAGCCGGGCCCAUCUGUCUUUCUUCUGACUGUAUUAUUUACUUUC